GAGCCGCUCGGCUGCGGCGUUGGUGGGUGCCGAGAUGACGACCUUGGUUCUGGAUAACGGAGCCUACAACGCCAAGAUCGGUUACAGCCAUGACAGUGUCUCGGUUAUUCCCAAUUGUCAGUUCAGAUCAAAAACAGCGCGUCUUAAAACAUUUACUGCUAACCAGAUUGAUGAAAUAAAAGACCCUUCAGGACUCUUUUACAUUCUUCCUUUUCAAAAGGGCUACUUGGUGAAUUGGGAUGUCCAACGACAAGUUUGGGAUUAUCUUUUUGGAAAAGAGAUGUAUCAGGUUGAUUUUUUAGAUACUAAUAUUAUUAUAACAGAACCCUAUUUUAACUUCACUUCAAUUCAAGAGUCAAUGAAUGAAAUUCUAUUUGAGGAAUAUCAGUUCCAAGCAGUAUUAAGAGUAAAUGCCGGUGCUCUCAGCGCACACAGGUAUUUCCGAGAUAACCCUUCUGAGUUAUGCUGCAUCAUUGUAGAUAGUGGAUAUUCCUUCACGCACAUAGUUCCUUACUGUCGGAGUAAAAAGAAAAAGGAAGCAAUUAUUCGGAUAAAUGUGGGCGGAAAACUCUUAACAAACCAUCUAAAAGAGAUCAUAUCCUACAGGCAGCUGCAUGUUAUGGAUGAAACUCAUGUGAUAAAUCAAGUGAAAGAAGAUGUGUGCUAUGUGUCCCAGGAUUUCUACAGGGACAUGGAUAUCGCAAAAUUAAAAGGAGAAGAUAAUACGGUGAUGAUUGACUACGUUUUGCCUGACUUCAGUACAAUUAAGAAGGGCUUUUGUAAGCCGAGAGAAGAGAUGGUGCUAAGUGGGACCUAUAAGUCUGGGGAACAGAUUCUUCGCCUGGCCAACGAGAGGUUUGCUGUUCCAGAAAUACUCUUUAACCCCUCUGACAUUGGCAUUCAGGAGAUGGGGAUCCCGGAAGCUAUCGUCUAUUCAAUUCAAAACCUGCCUGAAGAAAUGCAGCCACAUUUUUUUAAGAACAUCGUUUUGACAGGAGGGAACUCCCUCUUCCCAGGAUUCAGAGAUCGGGUGUACUCAGAAGUCCGCUGUCUGACACCAACAGAUUAUGAUGUUUCUGUCGUGUUGCCUGAAAACCCUAUUACUUACUCCUGGGAAGGUGGAAAGUUGAUAUCAGAAAAUGAUGACUUUGAAGAUAUGGUGGUUACAAGAGAAGAUUAUGAAGAAAAUGGACACAGUGUCUGUGAAGAGAAAUUUGAUAUUUAAGAAACAUUUCUGAAUGAAAGUCUUGGGAAGUUGAUUUCAAAGUUUCUUAAAGGAGGCUGAGGAUUGUGUUACCUUUCAUCGUAAGAGAAAGUCUUCAAACUAAUAUAAAUAUUCUGAGCCAUGGCUGAUGUUCACAGGCUUCUAAUGUGGGUUAAUACUGCCAAGUGUACUUCAGCCCACAUUUCAUUUAGUAGUUAGACUACUAUACCAAUAUAGAUUGUUGUCAUGAGAAAGUGAAGAGUAAAUGUUUAAUUCUUCAUACUUGAAAACACAGAUUUAAAUAUCUCACCAGUCAGUUUUGCCUAAAAGACUUUUGUAUAGUUUUGACUGUGAUUGGCUGAAGAGUUUGCAGACUGAUAAGAUUCUUAUCUUAGAACUAAGUAUUUUAUUUACAGUUUGUUAUUCUUAUUUGUACAUAAUAAAGUUGGAAAGAUCAGUAUUAAA